GUUUCAAUAAUCAUAAGGCGUUAUCACUCUUACAUUCUAGAUUUCGAUGGAUCCAGGUGUUUCCCAGUUAGCGAUUGAAUGCCAACAUAUAAGUAAUGUGACGAAAGAACUCGAGUUUCUCUCACUAUUGCUCACACACGCUACAUCUUACAAUAGUAUGGAAAUCAAUAAUUUAAAUAGCAAUAUGCCUGAAACAAGCGGCAUGAAGACAUUCUUCAGGAUUUUAAGUCGUAUAUGCAGGGAUUGUGGAGGCAUUUGGACAGUAAACGAAGAGUUGGAUUGGUUGGUAUUCUAUUUAUUUGCUCGUUGCUAUGGAUGGAGCGACAUUGAUUUAAAUGAUGUGCGAUCCCAGAUGCUGGUACCAUCAACGGGACAUAGGUAUAGAAACGUAUCAAAAGAUGAAGAGCUGAGAAUGAAAGAUAAAGUCAUCCAAAUCACCACGGAGCUAAUUUAUUUGAUAAGAAGUCUUCCCCUUUCUCUGGCUGGUUUAAAAAUGCUCAUCAGUUCUAUGAAUUUAGCUCGUGGAAUGCACCAUACUCGAAAGCAAAUGGCGUUACAUGCUAUCGAUUGGUUGACGUUUGGAUUACAAACGGAUGGGGGAGGUGUGAAGGCAACUACAAGUCCUAGAUUUACUCAGAAAAUUUCUACAACACAGCCAUUUCUACCAGAAGAUUCAACUCCAGAAAGCAUGUUUAUGACGGUAAAAGAUCUUAUUUGGAAUUGUUGUACCGAUAAUAAUCGUAGUAUCCGAAUGGGGACUUUGGGACCAUUAUAUAUCCUGUUUGGGCAACUUUCGACAAAUACUAUUAUACGAUUGAUCAAGCUAUCAGUUGAGAUAUUGGAGAAACCAGAAGUCUGUGCUAGUGAAGUAACUGAAGGUGUCAUAGAUAUACUUAAUGUUUUGCUGAGAAGGUUGGUGCCCAGCGAGCAACUAUGUAAUUCAAGGACAUCAUUAUCUGGAAACACACUAAUGUCAAAAACGAAUCUUUCUGCCUAUAAAUUUUCAGAGGAGUACGUUCAGAAUCAGUUGUUUCCAAGACUGAGUACGAUGAUUACCAACUUGUUUCAGAGUAAUCACUUCAGUGUACGCAAAGCUGCAGUCAGAGUUUAUCUAACCUGCCUCAGUCGAUGUCCGAAUGAAUUUACACUUUUUCGAUUUGGUGAACAGAAUCAAUUGAAUUGGUCCGAUAAAUCGAUCAAAUUUCAGCUAAUCAAAGUUCACAUCAGUCCAAAGCUUUGAAUCAUAAUACAUUUUAAUCAUUAGAACAUCUGAGCUCUAUCAGAAGCAUGUGUGUAGCUGGAGCUGUCCUGUACUACUCACCAAAAAAGAAAUUUCUCACUGAGGUACCUGAAAAAGUUGUUCUUGCUUUGUUUAAGACUAGAUUAGUAGUGAUAAUUUUGUGUAUCCAAGAUUGUGAUUCCUGAGUUCAAUCGGGAACUGUUUACAGCUGGUUACUCAUAGACUUUCUGUUAGCACCUUUUUUGCCAACUCUUUACCUAUCACCGGCAACACGAAUCUAUGAAACAAGGUUCGGUGUGCUAUUUUCAGUGCCCAACUUGUUUCAUUCUCAAGCGCACUAAUGAAUAUAGUUAUUACAGAAAUUUGUUUUACUACAAGAUUAUUUUUUGUCUUAUUCAGUGUUACGGCGAUUUAAAAUGAAUUUUACAAUUAAUCAAUUACUUCACUGUACGCUUUAAGAACAAGCCUAAAGAAUCAGUUUAUGAGGAAAAGUAAUCUAGUGGUUGCGUAUUUUGAAUGACUAACAAAUGGCACCAUCACAUCAAGUAUAUCCAUAUUGAGAUAUUGGAAAUGACUCCAAUCAACAAUAGUCUUGGAAUCAACAGUAGAAGUUGCAUACCAUCUACAUCAAACGCCACUCAAAAUGAUCAGAUAUAAUGCAAUUAAUAAAUACCUAAUCAUAUAACUGUUGAUAAUAACAUUAAUAAUUUUAGUAACAUCAUUAAUAUUAUUAUCAGUGUUUGUUUGUGUAUACGUCAUUAGACAUUUAAAGAAGUUCUUCUUCAAACUGUAAAUGAUUUAUGCAUGAACGCGGAUAAGCAAUCUGAAACCUACCAAGAUAAAUCACCCUCAAAUUUCGAAAGCUGGAAAAGUAACCCAUAUUUCAAUGAAAGUCUCCUAACUCUUUGUCGAUCUUUAAUUAAGAAAGUUGGUGAAACCAAUCUGCCUUCGAAUACUGGGGACUUACAGAACUGUUUAGUUAAUUUUUAUUUGGGUCAUUCAUCUCAAUAUGUCCGCGAUAGUGCAUGCAGUCUGUACCUGACAUUGUUCAUCAGUGCAUCAAAAAUCCCAAUCGUAUUCGUUACCUAUUGAAUAAAAUAUUGGAGAAGUGGCAAGUUAAGCAAGAUGUGUUAUCACCUCUUUCAAAACUACUAAUUCAAAUAAACGAAACGGAAACUACCACACCGCGUGAAAUCCCUUUGACUGUGAGCUCCAAAUUAAGUUGGACAUGGCGUGAGGGGCGCAUGCGCAUGUACUAUUUAGUCGCACGCUCAUUAGUUGGGCUUCAUCUUAAAGCUCUUCACGAAUUAGAUGCUGAUGGUUAUAACCCAAUGAAUUCUGAAGACUUUUGUAUCAGCCCAACCUUUAC